CUGGGAGGAUCCAGAUGUGACCGAGGCUCCAGGAGACGCUUCCCCACCCACAGAACCCCGGAGCAAGGCAUGGGCAGCGGUGCACGCGGCGGUCCGAACCCCGAACGCCUGCACCUCUCCGCCGGACACCGACUCCUGCUCCUCGGCGGCGGAUCCGGGAGGAACUAGCUUGAGGACCGCCAGCGAGCUAGCAGCACAGGCUAGCGAGGCUAAGCUAAGCUAGGCUAGCUGCCUCUUAUCAUAGCCUCUCCCGCAACGAAUCUUCCCUGCUCGCCCCCGACACGUGCACAGGAGGACAACAUGGUGUAUCUAUUGAAUUCUAUAGAGAACCUAAGGAGCCACAUCAACAACCGUCCCCCACUGGUCAUUUUUAUGAUCAGUGUCAGUGCGGUGGCCAUCGCCUUCCUGACCAUCGGUUACUUCUUCAAGAUUAAAGAGAUUAAGUCUCCGGAGCUGACAGAGGACUGGAACACCUUCCUGCUGCGCUACAACGAGCUGGACGUGUGCGUGUCGGAGAAUGAGACGAUAAAGCAUGGCCUGAACGAGUCCACCACACCGGACAGCCUGGUGGUGACCAGCGGCCAGGCUCGCUCCAGCACCCAGACCCCCCUCCUGCUGGACGACUCGGGUGCCAUCAACAUCUCCGUCCCCAUCACGCUCACGCUGGACCCGCAGCGGCCGUUCGGAGGCUACUCGCGCAAUAUCACCCACCUGUAUGCCACCGUGCUGGGGCAGCAGGUCGGCCUCUCAGGCCGGGAUGCCCAUGAAGAAAUAAACAUCACCUUCACCCUGCCUGUGUCCUGGAACUCGGACGACUGUGUGCUGCACGGACACUGCGAGCAGGUGGUGUUCAGCACGUGUAUGACCAUCACAGCGGCCAGCAACAUCUUCCCAGUCACAGUGCAGCCGCCCCACUGCGUGCCGGAGACGUACACCAACGCCACCUCCUGGUACAAGGUGUUCACCACAGUCCGUGACUCAGACACCAAGUACAGUCAGGACUACAACCCCUUCUGGUGUUAUAAAGGAGCCAUCGGCAAGGUGUACCACGCUCUCAACCCAAAGCUCACCGUCAUCGUUCCAGAUGAUGACCGCUCUCUCAUCAACCUGCACCUGAUGCACACUAGCUACUUCCUGUUUGUCAUGGUCAUCACCAUGUUCUGCUAUGCAGUCAUCAAGGGGCGGCCGGGCAAAGUACGACAGACCAGCCAUGACUUCUGCCCCGAGAAGGUACAACAGACACCAGCCGAGCUAAAUGACGUGCACAGGUGGCGCUGUCAGACUGUUAAAAUGAUGUGAGAGAGCUUUGUCAGAACUUAACUGAUAAAAACGGACAAACUCAUAAAAAAGACUCGGACGAAAAAUAAAAAUAAACAUACCAGUUGCCUAGUGAACCCUGGAAAUACAAAUAAGGGACUGGAAAAGCUCUGUGAAUGCAUUACUCCUCGCAAUGUUGGGUUUCUCCAACCAAAGAUAUACAAGUGCCUGUAUCUGUGGUGUAAAUAUUUGUAGGAACUCUUGAUAAUCUGUGCAAGACCCUGUUGUUCUUUUUUCUCACUAUGAUUCUGAUUCUUUGCCUGGGUUCCCCUCGUGCCAUGUCCGCACACGCAGUACAGACACGCAGUACAGACACGCAGUACAGACACACAGCCAACGGCCACUUUCAAGAACUUCAUCGCCACUUUUUAAUUUUUUAUUAUAAGGAAGAUCAAGAAGAGGAAGGGGGGGGGGGGGCUACACGGCGUCUGUCACAAAUGCCAGAUGAGUUUUUUUCUCUAAAUGUUUUUGGGGUUUUUCAUAGACUGUGAAUUAAGAUGGACGAAUAAAGAAAUGAAGCUAAUAAUUAAUUAAACCAAACUUAUGAAACAUCAGUGUGAUUGGUCCACGUCCCAUCUGCUAACAUGGAGGAGAGGGGCACUCGACACACGUUGGUGUAUCAGACACGUUCUCCAUCUUUAUUUACCAGAUGUUUUGGAGACGACCCACGAUGAGGAGCAAGAUGUCUGGUCGCUUGAAAAACAAAACGUUUAAAUGAAAAGCUGGGUUGAGGAUGACGAGAUGCUUGUGUCGAACGUUUUAUCUCAGCUUCAACACGGAGGAGAAUGAAUGAAGCAUGUUGCUCUGCACCAAACUCCACAGCAGCUCGUCACUACUCGUUAAUUCAGAGGAACUCUUUGUGUUGCAAGAGUUCAGAUUAUUUCUGAUGUCACUUCCAAGAAGCUGCAGAACGUCGUCACGCUUAAAAAAUAUUAUUUUUCUGCCUUUUUGAUUAUGUUCCGUCUGUGGCUUCGUGACUCACCUGCCUCUCGUGCUCUGCAGCACAUGUACAGUCUCUAUAGCCUCUGUUGCACCUGGAUGGAGUAAACAUAUGAAUCUUGCCUUAUACCUACACUACGAUACGAUCGACUUGCUUGCUUGACACAGAUCUAAUAACAGGCCAGGGGAUGGUUCUCUCUUUCCAGUGUGAACACUACAGUCUCCUCCUCCUCCUCCUGCUCUUUUCCACUUUGAUGAGCCGGUGGUCAGAAAGCAAAAGUCUUAAUGUAAAUGUCAAGUUGAGUUGUUUUAUGAUGGGAAGUUUUUUUUUAAAAUAAUUUCUUGUGCUUUGAUUUUAAAUGAAGCAAUAUCAGUUGCACGUGUUUGCAUAAUUUCUGCACCUUUGAGAUUUCUUGCACAUUUUGUGUUAUUUUAAACGAAUGGCCAAAAUCAAAUGUGAACUAGUGUGAGACUACGAAGUUGGACUCCAACGAAAAGUAAAUAAUAACUAGAACGGAACCAAGUGAAGUGGAUUCCAGUGACUUUGCAUUCAGAGAGGAAGUUUAUGGAUUGUUUUUUUUCUUUCCACUGUAAACAUGAAUCAUGUUUAAAUAACUUAAAUUAUUUUUGUAGACACAAAUCGACACAGAUAACAAAAAUGUGCAAAAACUCACUCGGUGUGUGAAAGUGAGAGUUGAGUGAGUUUUCGGUGAAUGAAGGCGGCUUCAGCUUUGAUUCUCUCAAAGUCUGAUCCAGUAUCUGGAUGCUUGUAAAUGUGAAAGUCAGAAAGUUAUGAGUCUGUAUCGCAAUUGACGGCACAGAAACAAAAACAUCUUCACCCUAGUGGUCAAACUUUGAACUGCAGCUUUAAGGAUCCAGCUCAUGCUCUUCCAGUGGUUAUUUAAUCCAUAUUUUAACUUUGACAAUCAUGUAUUAAAUCACGUUUAAUUUGAAAUUUGCAGAAAAUAAAACUGUACUCGAAUCACAUUAGAUUAUUAUUAUUUUUAUUAAUAACAAACUGAUACUUAAAGUAAAACCAGAGAAUAAUAGAACAGUGUAAAUCCGCCUUUAGUUUGUUUAUGUACGACUUUAUUUCUUUCUUUUUAGGUUUUACUUACCUCGUUAUAAUUCUGUUCCAUAUUUGAAAUACCUGUUGAAUGUACUUUUUCAAAGAAGCAUAAUUUGAAUCUGAGAUGCGAGAAUUCCGAGUGAUUUUGAAACGUGUCGUAGUUUCUAGUUGUUUUCAUUUUGUUUCUGUUUGAAAGGUUUUACUUGAAUUGAAAAGUGGUUUCGUGAAAAGGUUUUUAUCCGUUUGUGGCAAAGAAAAUGAAACGUUUAUUGCAUUGUAUCAAACACUUUGAACAUUUAUUGUUGGAUUUCCGCGUGUGUGUGUGUGUGUGUCUGUUGUGCGUCAGUGGAUGAGUGAGAGGUUUCGACUUUUGGGGUGUGAUGUUUUCUUUUCUUUUCCUCCUGACUGAACGAUGCUGGGACAAGUCUUCCUGAGUCUGAUUUUGAUGUUUUCAUAUCCGAGCGUUCAGACUGCGGCUGCUCUUAUCGGACGGGAUGGUCAUUAGCACGGUGUGUGUGUGUGUGUGUGUGUGUGUGUGUGUGAGCGAAGGGAACUCGAUGGUGUGAAAGAUGCUUGCCGUUUGUAUUGCCGUCAUAAUUUAAAGCAACACUGUGUAACUUUGUAAUUAAGCAACAGCGCCCUCUGCAGCCUCACAUGGGGAUUACGUCUGUAUGGCUCUGAGCGUUGAGUCUCUAGGACAAGAACAACUUUCUCUGUGGCCGUUAAAACAUAAACAACAAUCUCUUUAGCUCGGAUCAGACAAGUUGGCGUCAAGUUCACCUCCCGUUUAAUGAUUCGAUCGAUUCUCAAUAUCGUCCGAUUCUCAAAGUCCAGUUACUGGACAGAAGAUGAGGACUCGGAGUGAGAACAAGAGGAAACUUUCUCUCUAGUCACUGAAUCAUCAACUCCUUUAGAAUCUUCAGUUUUAAGGUGAACCAGUUUCCCAGUGUUGCUCUAACGAUGUCGAAGAUCUGUUUCCAUGUGAUUUUCUGUCUUCGUCUCUUCUUGCAAAAUGCCUUAACAUUGUUCACAUACUUUAGAUUUUUCCUUUUUUAAUGUAGUAAAAACGCGCCGGCUUUUGAAACUGGAAUCUAAAACAGACUUCUCAUGUUACCACCUCUGAGCUGAAGAGACUCAGUGUUUUGAAUCUUCUCCACUUAUAUAUCGACUGGAGGCGUUUCUUCUUCCACGUUCAGAAAUCGGUCCGAACAAACAGGAAGCUGGAGCACGAGGCGGCCGUCUCAUCAUCGUCCUCCGUCAGUUCAACAGCGCUUCGCCCGAGUAUCAAGCCGACUCUGUGCCUUCUGCACUACGGAGCUGCACCCCCCCCCCCCCCCCCCCCCCCCCUCGUUCAUCCGGUAGAUAGGACCAUAGGUUUCAUGUGGCUGUAGGUCAUCAGCUGAACCCUUCUCUUCUCCAGUGGAACUGCUGUAAAUGAAUUCAAGUUUAAAUAAACUGUCUCAAUGAUAAACCUGCA